AUGAGGCCUCCAAAGAGGUCGCCGUUCCUCCACUCACGGCAGGCCGACCUGUUCGAAGUGUACCGACAUCUGUACCCCGACUCUCAAGGCGGUAUUUGUGCAAAAGCUCGACACGAAGCACUCUCUACCGUACAGUUGUGGAUCAACCGAUCAGCAUGUCCGUUUGCUGUCGAGACGACCGCUCUGCUUGUACAGAGCGUCAUCAUGGACGAGUUCAUGCAGCAGAUCGCAACGAGUACCUCGGUCAGCACGUAUGCUUCGACAUCCGCACCGCACUACGCGCUCGAACAGAUGGGCGGGGGAGCCGAACUGGGAGUCCGACUCAAUUACAGCUUGGCUCUCGUGCGCUUUGUCAACAGUGUCGUUGACUCGCAUCAGACGGGUGGGUUUGCGCAGUCGAUUGCUGCCAUUGCCGCCCGCAUCGGUCUACCGCUGUGGUUUGUCGAGAUCCGCCAUGCAGUGACGCACGAGGAGCUACCCAGCAUCGGUGUCUGCAGACAAGCUGCUGGCUCAGCACUCACAUGGCUCCAAAGACAUUUCUGGAUCCCGCAGCUGUUCGAAGGACCGAACUCACUCGCUGUGAGACCAGGACCAGACGGCAACAAUACAGACGCUAUGGAUGUCGACCGACCGGAUCGUCCAGCCGCCGAGGCGUCCUCGUCAGCCAUUGGCUCAGCAUCCACCAUCCAAUACGCAACGAGUCAAGAGAUACAUAGUGAUGAACAGGAAAAAGGACAAGCAGAACAAGACAAGACGCGAAGAAAAGAGCGCAGCAAAGCGCUCCAGGACCUGCGACAGACGCUGAAAAGCUACCGACAACUCGCCAAGAAGGUCACGCGCGAUCGCAGCCUCAUCAGUGCGUCCAAGAACGACUUCCACAGACUGUACAAGCACCUUGCCGUCUUCGUCUCGCGCAUUCGUACGCUGGAGCCAGACUUUGGAACGCACCUCGUCGACAGCGCCAAGAAGGGCAAAGACGAAGAGAUCGACGUCAGAGAUGCAGCGUUGAUGGAUCCGGACGAUGUCGACGAAUGCACCAAGUCGGCGUUAUCGGAUCUCGUCAAUCAGCUUGUCCAGCCGGGAGGUUUGAUCCCGCUUGGUAAGUCGAAACGAGUACAAGCGUCGGCUACAGAUGAUGAGAUCAUUCUGCCGGCUGAGUUGGCAAGUCUGUGGAGUCCGUUGCUCGGGCAUUUGCGCGACACGUUCGGCCCGAUCUUUGGUCAGUUGCUCACGGAAGAGCUCGUUGAAGCUGCCAUCCGCGAGACGGACUCAAACGAGGAUCUGACAACACCACCAACUCACACACUGUCCACCGCCGAAGACGCUGUCACAGACGAUCAACAAGAUCCCAGCAGCCAGUCGUGGAAGAGAGCAGCGUACGCUAGCGCGAGCUACCGCAAAACAGCCGAUGCAUGGGUUCGAUACCUGGUCACUGUGGCGCCACCUGCCAGCUCCAUGUCGCGAAUAUUCAACGCGUCGACCGGAAGAGCGCCGACGACGCUCAUCACGGAUACAGAGGUGGCAGAGAUGUGCUUGCCAUUCCGAACACUCGGCUCGGUCUCGAUCUUGGACUUUCUGUGCGAGAGGAAUUCCGAUUUGAAGGCGAGGAUCGGAGCGCUAGUCUCGGUGCUCAAAGUGUCAAGCUUUGUAGCGACUGCAGCCAAUGAUUUGGACUCGGCGGAUGAUCAUGUUGAGGCAGCGAUGGUAGGGCAGGAGCAAGUGGACGAGGUUUCCGGAUUCGAAUCACAACUUCAAGUCAUGCAGAAGCGACUGCUGGAUAUCGAGGCUCUUGCCAAGCCCGACGCUGUCUCGACAGCACGAGACAUCCAAGCCGGAUGUGAAGAUGGACAAGUAGCUGCAUCUGGGUCUGAUAUUGAUACAGAUGCCGCUGCAGCAACGAGCGCCAAUGCAGACCGACUGAUGCCCACAGGCUGGUUUAUCGCACGCGCCGAUUGGAAGCCAACACCGUUUGGAUGUCUCAGGGGCAGAAUUCCCAACCUUGUUGUUUGA